UCUUUUUACUAAUCGGCUCAGGUUUGCGCAAGUUAUUUGCUGAUAAACAACAUACUUCUGUUUCACUCGAGUUGUUGGUGUUGAAUGAGGAUUUGAUAUUUUCGAAGCAUGUGUUUUCUCCAAUUGUUUGCAAAAUGCGCAGUAAUAUAAGGACCCGUCGUGUGUUGUCGAAGGAACGUUUUUGUGAUAAAUGAAAACUCAAAGGUGAAACCCAAAUCAAUACGAAUAAUUUUGUCAUUACUUGUGGGCAUUUUGUCAAAAAUCUGUUUUAAACGAAAAUACCGGUCAAUUACCAUGUGAUUGCGGCAUGUUAUUUCGAAUGGGGAGUCCUGUUAAGGGAAAAUGUACCUUAGGAACGUAGACGUUAACGAAGAAACUUGUCAAUAGUGUUUCGAAAUCGAAGCUGCAGUGAAACUCAAAAGUUAAAAUAGGAGUACGAGGAUUCUGUCACGUAUGCGACGUAACUUCAGACAAACGGAAAAUUACACUCGUCAUCCCCGAUUAUCGCCGGGGCGCCUGCGAUUGAAAUUUUCAUGUCCACGUUCAUUUGGUUGUAAAAAUCUAUGUUGACAAUGUAGCCGAAUCUCCUUUUUUGUGAAGCGAAUAGCGAAAGCAUUGAAAAAGACUAUUGUAAUAUAAAUUUUGUGAUAUUUUGACGACAUGAGCCAAAAAGACACUGUAAUCCAUCUGGUGGCAGGAGGAGUGGCUGGCACCCUCGGUGCAAUCGUCACCUGCCCCUUAGAAGUAGUCAAAACCCGCCAGCAAUCUUCCCGAGGGGGAAGCGUCGUAAUGCCCAACGGUUCGCCCAAUUUUCCCAAAUUAAAAUGGCACGGUCAGAUACAGAGCGAACACUGCAGCAGGCGUAGGUUGGCAACAUCUGCUCCGUAUUGCCGACCUCAAGUUGUGGCUCUUUCAGGUUUUACCGCACCGCCGAGCUUGGGUGCGGGUAGGGCAAAUGAAUUGGGCAUUCUGCAGUGUAUAAGGCACAUUGUUCGGUAUGAGGGUCCCUUGGCGCUUUUUAAAGGUCUUGGACCAAACUUAGUAGGUGUAGCGCCAUCGAGGGCGAUUUAUUUUUCGACUUAUUCUCAGGCGAAACGGUUCUGGAACAGCCUACUGCCUCCCGAUUCGCCAAUGGUUCAUGUGUGUUCGGCUUCGUGCGCCGGAUUUAUGGCGUGCACCCUAACGAACCCGAUAUGGUUCGUUAAGACCAGGUUACAGCUUGAUCUUAACAAAGAACGUCCCAUGACCGCGUUUCAAUGCGUGCGGCAUAUAUACAGAAAAUCCGGUAUAUUAGGGUUCUACAAGGGCAUAACCGCGUCGUACAUGGGCAUAUCCGAAACGAUUAUACAUUUUGUGAUAUACGAAGGGAUUAAAGCCAGACUGCUAGCGUAUCACGCUUACGACGGCGACGAGCGUAGUUCGACGGACUUUUUAGAAUUCAUGGUGGCCGGCGCGAUAUCGAAAACCGUGGCCUCUUGUAUAGCGUACCCUCACGAGGUGGCGCGGACGCGGCUCCGCGAAGAAGGCAACAAAUACACCGGCCUGUUCCAAACGCUACAAUUAGUCAUAAAAGAAGAGGGCGCCAGGGGCAUGUACCGGGGACUGAAGACUCAAUUGGUAAGGCAAAUUCCUAACACCGCCAUAAUGAUGUCCACUUACGAGGCCGUCGUGUACGUCCUAACCGCCAGACUCAACACAGACUUUUAUCACGGAGAAGAGCAGUAGGCGUGGGCGGGGAUUAAAUGUCAAAGAUGCGCGCAAUAGUUUUUGUUUCGGUUGUAAAUAAGUAAAAGUCCAAGUCCAAGUCGAAUGGACACGCUCACAAAUUUUCAUUUAGUGACGGUCUGGCGACCACGUGGAUGAGAUUCUGAGAAACUACUUUUUUUUUUAAUAAAUGAAUUUGAAAACUUUAAAACUUUACUUUACUAGCACAAAAACUUGUUCGUUCGUGUUUGUUUUUCAAUUAAAUGGUGUACUAAAUAACGAAAAAAAAAUUAAACUACCGGCGAAUGCAUGUUCAGACUCCGCCUCCUUUAACGCAGUGCCGUCGCCAUGUCAAUAUUAUAUAUAUAAAAGUCGUCUUUUAAUCUGUGAUUUGCCACGUAAAUUUAAAUUACGGGGUUGGUAUUUGCUAAUAACACUUAAAAAACAACUUGAAGAAUUCCAGAAUUUUGAUAUUCCAGAAAAAUGUUUUACGUAACGCAAAACAGAAAUUUUCAUUUUCCAAAUAUUUUAUCGGAUAUUUCAUAUGUUUGUGUUCUUCUUUCAUAUAAGAAUGGCAAUAUAUCUGAUUAGUUACGCAAGCGGCAAAUAAAAAUAAAAAAGUUACCCAUUACUUUAGUUUUAUAACAGAAUUUUAUGUAGAAAAUAAAUAAAUAGUUACAGUUGGCAGCAAGCAGUUGAAGGUAUACAUGGCUUUCACGCAUGUGCCAACCCCCGGCUGAGUAUUGCAAACCAUAUAACUGCCAGAUAAUAUCGAGCCUUUUGUUUUUAAACAGUUAUUUAAAAAAAAAUUAAACCAACCAAAAAAUAUCAGCUUCAAUCUUGAAAAAUCGCAGAAGUUAUAAGAAAAACGAAAAAAAAAACCGUGGUUUGUUAUACACAGGUAAAAUUCGGACUUCUGCAUCUGCGAAGGCGAAAUUUACGGCGGCAUCCGGAGGUACUCAACGACCUCACUAAGGCCGGGAUUAGCCAACUUCGUAUUUUUAAUUUGUAAUUCGUAAUUGUAAAUUAUUAGCAAUUUAACGCGUUUACCCAAUUUCUUAGUCUUUAACAAUUGAAAUUUGAGAAUUUUGAGUUUAGAUUAACCCCCUUUUUGUUGUUGAAGAGUUUGUAUAUUUAAAUUAAGGAAUUGUAUAACCUAUUGUUUUUGUGAUUUUUGUUUACAACUGCCAGACUUCCAUGAUAUACAAUAAAAAUACAAAUACAAAUAAGCAUAUAAGAAUAAGUUGGCUAAUCCCGGCCUUUGAUUCCAACCUGGAACCCAUAGAAAUAAUACUCCUAGAAGGCUGGCAUAUCAGUAAAUAUAUAUAAGCCGAUUCACUCACGAUGAAAGAGAGACUGAACAUCCAUGUGUUGGAAUGUGUACUAUCAAAUAAUCUGCGCAUCAUAAUAUGAAAUUAUUUUGGAUACAAUUUAUGGUUACAAAAGAAACGGCUUCUAAAAAUUGGCGUUGCCAAUAGUUACGAAGGUAAUAAAGAUGAAAAGUCGAAAUUGCCGAUCAAAAAAAUAAAGUAACUAGAAAUCUAGCUUUACAAGUAAAAAAUAUAUAAAAAUAUUGUUUCUGUGAAUAUAUUUAAAAUUUACAUAAAAUGUGACUUGUCCUUUAUCUGGCAACAAUACUUCCGUACAACUAUUUUUUACAGACCUAUUAUAUAUAUUUCUGCGCAGGCGCAUAUCAUCCCAACUCCCGUUUCCUUCUUCGUGAGGGGUUUCUCUCUACCAGCGUUCUAGCAGUUCUAAUUCUAUGCUCGUACAUUCAUUAUUGACCAAAAAAAGUACACCUGACCUUAUAUUGUUACCAUGCCAUAUGCAUAUGAAUUUUUGUGUCUACGUCGUUAGGUCCCGAAAUUAAGUCAUAUGGUGUUUUGCAUUGUACCAUAUAAAUACGCCAUUAUGCGUUAGUCAAUUAAUCUUUUUUCUUUAUUGAAAAUUUAGAAGUUGCUGUUAGUUUUUUGUAUAUUUGUUGUAAAUAGUGAAUAAAGAUA